CCGAAGAGUCUGAAAUGUAUGACAUGAUGACAAAAGGAAAUCUUGGGCUCCUUGAGCAGGCCAUUGCCUUGAAAGCUGAGCAGGUGAAGAUGAAAAGAGAAGAUCUAAGCAGAGAGUCCAGGAUAUCAGUGGAACAAAUGAGGCAUAUCCAGAUUGAGGACAAGCCAAACAAAUCUUUGGAUUCCAUCAGGAAGAAUCUUUAUAGCAAAGAUCCCUCAAGAUCAGAGAAAAGGGAAAUCAAGUGCCCUACCCCCGGCUGUGAUGGUACUGGUCAUGUGACAGGAUUGUAUCCACACCAUCGUAGUCUUUCAGGAUGCCCACACAAGGAUAAAAUACCUCCAGAAAUCCUCGCCAUGCAUGAAAAUGUUCUUAAGUGUCCCACACCGGGCUGCACAGGGCAGGGACAUGUCAAUAGCAACCGAAACACACACAGGAGCCUUUCUGGAUGUCCUAUUGCUGCUGCUGAGAAGCUAGCAAAAUCUCAUGAAAAGCAACAUAACAACGAAUCUCCUAAAAGCAGCCAAAGUUCUGACCGAGUGUUAAGGCCGAUGUGCUUUGUGAAACAGUUGGAGAUUCCGCACUACAGCUAUAGACCUAAUAUGCUGCCAGUUACCCCUCGUGCUAACCUAGCGAAGGAGUUGGAGAAGUAUUCCAAGGUCACAUUUGAUUAUGCUAGUUUUGAUGCACAAGUUUUUGGGAAACGUGUGAUUGCUCCAAAACUUCAAACAUCUGAAAGCUCACCGAAAACCUAUAAAUCAAAACCAUUCUCAAAGGCCUCCUCACCUAGUCACAGUAUGUCUACCAACUAUGUUAAAAGCUCAUCGUCAUCCAGUAACUAUGACUAUGCUCAUGAAGCCGAAGCUGCACAUAUGGCUGCUACAGCUAUCCUCAAUCUAUCAACACGUUGUUGGGAAAUGCCAGAGAAUCUAAGCACCAAGCAUCAAGAGCACCCCACUAAGAACAUGGACAUUGAGGUGGAUGAAAAUGGAACUCUGGACCUCAGCAUGAAUAAGAAACGAAAAAGAGAGAAUGUGUUUUCGGCUUUAAGUUCCAAUGUGAGGUCAGCUGAGUUAUCCUCCUCCUACCUUCAUGGAAGCAGCAGCACAUGUAGCAGUGUAAUGGGUUCUCCGCAGUCCAGUCAAACAUCUAAACAAGAUGAAUUUGAUGGCCCUAUUGACUACACAAAGCCUAGCAGGCAAAGGGAAGAAGAAUCUGAGGAGAUGGAACCUGCCACCUCUUCAUUCCCUUCCUCAGAAGCAGGAGAUCUGGAAGUAAUGGAUGAAAGUAUGGAAGAUAAAAAAUACCCAGGGGAAGUCACAAGUUCCAGUCUGAAACUGAAAUUUUCAUGCAAAGAUGCCAAGAAAGAAUUAAUAACCUGUCCAACUCCUGGAUGUGAUGGCAGUGGUCACAUCACUGGAAAUUAUGCCUCACACCGCAGUCUUUCUGGUUGUCCUUUGGCAGAUAAAAGUCUAAGAAACUUAAUGGCUGCUCACUCUUCAGAACUCAGGUGCCCAACUCCUGGUUGUGAUGGAUCAGGUCAUGUGACAGGGAACUAUACUUCUCACAGAAGCUUGUCAGGUUGUCCACGUGCUAAGAAAAGUGGACAGAAAUUGACUCCUACCAAGGAUGAUAAGGAGGAUCCUGAGCUCAUGAAAUGUCCUGUUCCUGGAUGUGAUGGUCUCGGGCAUGUAAGUGGCAAGUAUGCAUCGCAUCGCAGUGCAUCUGGCUGUCCUUUGGCUGCUCGCAGACAGAAGGAAGGAUUCCACAAUGGGUCUCCAUUUACUUGGAAACCUGUGAAAGGAGAUGGACCAGCCUGUCCAACCCCAGGGUGUGAUGGGUCGGGGCACGCUAACGGGAGUUUCCUUACACAUAGAAGUCUUUCUGGCUGUCCAAGGGCUACUUUGGCCAUGAAGAAAGCAAAAUUCUCAGGGGAGGAUCUACUAACAACAAAAUUUAGAGCUAGUGAUGCAAUAGAGAAUGAUGAAGAAAUUAAACAGCUCGACAAAGAGAUCAGUGAACUGAAUGAAUCCAACACAGAAAUGGAAUCCAAUAUGGUGAAGUUGCAAUCACAGAUUUCCAGCAUGGAAAAAAAUUUGAAAACUAUCGAGGAUGAAAAUAAAGUAAUUGAAGAACAAAAUGAAGCCUUAUUUAAAGAGCUGGCAGGGUUGAGUCAAGCCCUAAUUCGUAGCCUUGCUGACAUCAAGCUGCCUCAAAUGGAACCAAUCAGCGAACAGAAUUUUGACACCUAUGUUAAUACCCUCACAGAUAUGUAUACUAAUAUGGAAUGCUACCAGAACCCAGAAAAUAAAGCACUACUGGAGAGCAUUAAACAAGCUGUAAAGGGCAUUCAGGUCUGAAAAAAACUCUGUAUAUGAACUGUUCAAGUAUACUGUAAAUACAGUACAUUUGUGAUUGAUAUUGGUUUAGAAAUAUUUAUAGCAAUUACGAACAUAGAAAUUGCACUUGUUUAGAACAAGUA